GCUUGAGCUUUUUAUAGCCCCAAUUGUCAAAGUUUUAAUUCAAUGGGUUACUAUCGACAAAGGAGCAAAGCUUGAGUUUAUUUAUCUGCUCAUCUCGUUAAUAAGCCGAGCUCGACAAGGCUCGAAUCCGAACUCGAGUCGAUUAAUUUACACUUCAAAGUGUACUCUUAUCUUAUACUCCAUGUGGACAGAGUGAAAAGAAAAAAGAAAAACAAAAUUUCCUAUCUGAAAAUUAAAGUGAAAAUGAAUGAAUCCUGACAUAAAAGGUUUGAGGCAUCCAUUUACAGAUAGUUUAUUGGUAUGCAGAGGUGGAGAGAGAGAGAGGAAGUGAGAGAGAGAGAGUGUGGUAUUAGUGAUGAGAGAGAAAAACUGUCAAGUGAGAGCUGUGUAUCGUAUUGUUGCAGGGCUGGGCUGUUAGUAUCAGAACCUUGGCAGAUGGUCUUUUAACCUUUUCCCCUCUUUAAAUAAUUCCCUUUCUCUCUCUCUACAUUUACUUAUACAUGCAGCAUUUACACACACUCUCUCUCACCCUCUCUCACACACAUUUUGCAAGGCGAGGCUCUCUGCCAGAGGACGAUGUGAUUGAACAUUACAAAGCCCCAGAGCCUCUGCUCUUUCUUUUUUCUCCUAGCACACCUCUUCAUAAUCCUUCACAAGAUUUCUUUUUUCUUGCAAUUUAUUCCUCUUCUUCUUCAUUUUCCUCCUCCACAUUGAUAUUUAUGUCGGUGGCCCUUUUUUGAAUACCCCCCUGUUUCACUCGUGUACAGCGUGUUCCUACUUAUUUGAAGCAAGUAUAGUUUUUGUCAAGUGGGUCUGCUUGUUUAUAAUUUAUGAGAAGUGGGAUAUGGCUAAUUGUUGGGAAAAAUGUGUUCUUGCUGGGUUUCUCGUCUUGCUUUUGAGAUUUACCGGUGUGGACUGCGGCGAUGAUGGGUCUAUUUUGCUGGAGAUGAAGAAAUCAUUCAGAGAUGUGGAUAAUGUGCUGUAUGACUGGACUGAUUCCCCAUCUUCAGAUUACUGUGCUUGGAGAGGGAUAACGUGUGAUAACGUCACCUUCAAUGUUGCUGCCCUUAAUCUUUCAGGAUUGAACCUUGAAGGAGAAAUUUCACCUGCAAUUGGACAGCUGAAAGGCCUGGUCUCCAUUGAUUUGAGGGGUAAUAAGCUGUCAGGGCAAAUCCCAGAUGAGAUUGGAGACUGCUCAGCCUUGAAUAGUUUGGAUUUGUCGUUCAACGAGCUAUAUGGUGAUAUCCCUUUCUCGAUUUCAAAGUUGAAGCAGCUUGAAAACUUGAUUUUGAAAAAUAAUCAAUUGAUUGGUCCGAUUCCCUCAACACUCUCUCAGAUUCCUAACCUGAAAAUAUUGGACAUGGCUCAGAACAAGUUAUGUGGAGAAAUACCGAGACUAUUAUAUUGGAAUGAGGUUUUGCAAUACUUGGGGUUGCGGGGAAACAACCUACAAGGCUCUCUCUCUCCUGAUAUGUGUCAGCUAACCGGCUUGUGGUAUUUUGAUGUUAGAAACAAUAGCUUGAGUGGUUCGAUUCCGGAAAGUAUAGGAAACUGCACUGCCUUUCAGGUUUUGGACCUGUCGUACAACAAUUUUACUGGGGAGAUCCCAUUCAAUAUUGGGUUUCUCCAAGUUGCUACGCUGUCCUUGCAGAAUAACUGUUUUUCUGGGCAAAUCCCAACAGUCAUUGGCCUGAUGCAGGCACUUGCCGUGUUAGAUCUAAGCUUCAACAUGUUGAGUGGCACAAUCCCACCAAUUCUUGGAAAUUUGACUUACACAGAGAAACUAUAUCUUCAUGGGAACAAGUUAACUGGGUCAAUACCUGCUGAGCUUGGAAAUAUGACAAAAUUGCACUACCUGGAACUGAAUGAUAAUCUCCUCACUGGGCGUAUUCCUCCCGAACUUGGAAAGCUCACUGAUUUGUUCGACCUAAAUGUAGCAAACAAUCGCUUGGAGGGGCCUAUACCAGAUAAUCUUAGCUCUUGUACAAAUCUCAAUAGCCUCAAUGCGCAUGGAAACAAAUUGAAUGGAAGUGUACCCCGAUCAUUUCAGAAGUUGGAAAGCAUGACCUAUUUGAACCUAUCCUCCAACAAUCUCAGGGGACCCAUUCCUAUAGAGCUAUCUCGGAUUGGCAACCUGGACACUUUGGACCUCUCAAACAAUAAGCUCAGUGGUUCUAUGCCGGCUUCUCUUGGCGACUUGGAACAUCUCCUAAAACUUAAUUUGAGCCACAAUGGAUUGACCGGGUUUAUACCUGCGGAGUUUAGCAACUUGAGAAGUGUAAUGGAAAUAGAUCUUUCAAAUAACCACCUAUCAGGUUCAAUCCCACCGGAACUUGCCCAGCUUCAGAAUGUUUUCUUGUUGAAUCUGGAAAGAAACAACAUAUCGGGUGAUGUAAUGUCUCUUGCCGGUUGUCUCAGUCUCACAGUACUGAAUGUAUCAUAUAACAACCUUGUUGGUUAUAUUCCUUCCGGAAAUAACUUCUCUCGGUUUCCCCCCGACAGUUUCUUGGGCAACCCAGGUCUUUGUGGCUAUUGGUUGAGUUCUUCGUGUCAUCAAGCCCGCACAGCUGAGCGAGUUUCAAUUCCUAAAGCAGCUAUACUUGGAAUAGCUCUGGGCUCCUUGGUUGUUCUUCUUAUGAUAUUGAUUGCUGCUUGUCGGCCAAACAACCCAAAAUUGUUUAUCGAUAGCCCACUCAACAAACCAGUUAGUUACUCGUCACCAAAGCUCGUUAUCCUUCACAUGAACAUGGCACUCCAUGUGUACGAGGACAUCAUGAGAAUGACUGAGAAUUUGAGUGAGAAGUACAUAAUCGGUUAUGGAGCAUCGAGCACUGUCUACAAAUGCGUGCUCAAAAAUUGCAGGCCAGUUGCUGUCAAGAAACUCUACUCCCACACACAUUGCCUGAAAGAAUUCGAAACUGAGUUGGAAACAGUCGGGAGUAUCAAACACCGGAAUCUAGUCGGCCUACAAGGAUAUUCCCUUUCACCUUCCGGAAACCUCCUGUUUUACGAUUACAUGGAAAACGGAAGCUUGUGGGACCUCCUACAUGGGACAAGUAAAAAGAAGAAACUCGACUGGACGACCCGGCUUCGCAUAGCAGUGGGUGCAGGGCAGGGGCUUGCCUAUCUCCACCAUGACUGCAGCCCACGAAUCAUCCAUCGAGACGUGAAGUCCUCCAAUAUUUUGCUGGACAGGGAUUUCGAGGCCCACCUCACGGAUUUCGGCAUUGCAAAGAGGCUGUGCCCAUCCAAGACCCACACCUCGACUUACCUCAUGGGAACAAUUGGUUAUAUUGACCCGGAGUACGCUCGAACUUCUCGUCUGACCGAAAAAUCCGAUGUCUACAGUUACGGGAUCGUUCUUUUGGAGUUGCUCACCGGGUGGAAACCCGUGGACAACGAGUCAAAUCUCCAUCAUAUGAUACUGAACAAGGCGGCGAGCAACUCAGUUAUGGAUACGGUGGACCCUGAGAUAUUGGAAACGUGCAAGGAUCUCGGGGAGGUGAAGAAGGUGUUCCAGCUGGCACUUUUGUGCACCAAACGACAGCCAACCGAGCGGCCGAGCAUGCAUGAGGUUGUACGAGUCCUUGGAUCAAUGGUGCCACCUGUCACUGAGCCUGAUAAUGGUAAGCCGUUUGGCACGCCUGCUCCACUCCUCCUCCAGUCAGGUAAAGUCCAGUGUUAUGUAGACGAGUAUGCGAAUCUAAAAGCACCUCACUUGGUUAACUGCUCGUCUGUAAGCACCUCGGAUGCGCAGCUUUUCCUUAAGUUUGGGGAGGUGAUUUCUCAGAACAGUGUUUGAGGGUGUGUAGUAGAAGAUGGAAAAUAAUCCCUAAUUUAGAAAAAAAAAAUUAUUGUAAGAUAGUGGUUGAGGAGUUGUUAUUGUAGCUCUUAAUUGGUAUCGGUAGAACUUAAAGGGUGUUUUGUAAUGUGGACACCAAUUUAUGGUGAGACUGUAAUGGUUUGGUCCAUUUGGAAUGAAACUGUGAUAGGGGUGUGUUAUGGUACUUUGGGCUUUGUGGGACCAUUUGCCUUGGAGAUUUUUGGCUCAUUGUCUUGAAGGCAGAUGAAUAUGGAAGAAAAUUGUACCUUGUAUAUAUAUUAGUAUGAAUUAAGUUUUUGUGGUCUACUGGUAUCUAAAUGGUUAGGUACUUUUGGAUGUGGCAUCCUUAUUGUGG